AAUAUACCAAUCAAGAGGAUCUACUCCUCCUGAGGCGGUAGCCAUAGCAAGGCAGCUUGUGCCAACACUUGCCUCACCUUGGGUCGAAUGCAUGGAUUUUUUUGAGAAAAAUCAAGAGUUCAGUUUUGACCAUCGGAUUUAAAGCUAAGUAGCAAACACCAAGUACCCCAACACCGCUGGACAUUCCAUUUUGGCUUCGAAGCAAGAGAAUGAUUUCCUCCGCUGGCCUUACUUUUGUAUUUCUAAUGUUUUCAGAAAGAGAAAGAUGAUGAGAGAGAAAGGAGGCUUUCCAGUUUCCUGCCACAUUCCUCUCUUUUUCUUUCUGGCUUUUCUCCCCAGAAACCCUCUUUAAUUACCUGUUUUCCACCUUUUUUUCGUUCGCCAGACCUGUCUCUCAAUAGAAACCCACAGCAUAAACCAGGCACAUGCACCUUCUGGCUUCUUGGCAUGCCCAGAGAAUCAAAAUUCUGAUUUGAGGAAGAAAGAAAGGAUGCGCCGGUGGUUCUGUUGUACAUGUCAAGUAGAGGAGUCUUACCAGUCAAAUGAAAGUGGACUCCUGAAAAGUCCAAUUAACCAUGCAGAUGAAAACCAGAAAGGCUCGAAGGCAUCUGCUCCAGUGAAGACGGAAGAACUAAAAGCACCACCACCUAUUGAAGUGCCUGCGUUGUCUUUAGAUGAAAUAAAGGAAAAAACUGACAACUUUGGAUCAAAGUCAUUGAUUGGUGAAGGAUCAUAUGGAAGAGUAUAUUAUGCAACCUUAAACAACGGAAAGGCUGUGGCUAUAAAAAAGCUUGAUGUUUCAUCUGAGCCCGAGUCCAAUGUUGAGUUUUUGACUCAGGUUUCAAUGGUGUCAAGAUUGAAGCAUGAAAACCUUGUUGGGUUGCUUGGAUACUGUGUGGAAGGAAAUCUCCGUGUAUUAACAUAUGAGUUUGCUACCAUGGGGUCUUUGCAUGACAUUUUGCAUGGAAGAAAGGGAGUCCAAGGUGCACAACCAGGUCCUUUGCUUGACUGGAUGCAGCGUGUGAGAAUUGCUGUUGAUGCAGCUAGGGGACUGGAGUACUUGCAUGAGAGGGUUUCACCUCCUAUUAUACACCGAGAUAUCAGAUCAAGCAAUGUGCUCCUAUUUGAAGAUUUCAAAGCCAAAGUUGCAGAUUUCAAUCUUUCAAAUCAGGCUCCUGACAUGGCUGCUCGUCUACAUUCAACCCGAGUUUUGGGGACUUUUGGUUAUCAUGCUCCAGAGUAUGCGAUGACUGGUCAAUUGACACAAAAGAGUGAUGUAUAUAGCUUUGGGGUGGUGCUUCUGGAGCUUCUAACUGGUAGAAAGCCUGUGGACCACACGAUGCCUCGUGGUCAGCAGAGUCUUGUCACAUGGGCAACACCAAGACUGAGUGAGGACAAGGUCAAACAAUGUGUUGAUCCAAAGCUAAAGGGAGAAUAUCCUCCAAAAGGAGUUGCUAAGAUGGCAGCUGUUGCAGCCUUAUGUGUGCAGUACGAGUCUGAGUUCCGGCCAAAUAUGAGCAUCGUUGUCAAGGCACUCCAACCACUCCUCAAUUCGAAGCCUGCUGUGCUAGCUCCUGAGAUUUAAGACAAACAAUGCUUGCCCCCGUCCUUUUCUCUCGUCUUGAAACUCUGCAUACUUGGUGCUUGUUUUUUUCCCCCAAUCUUUUUCUGGCGGAUUUAGCCAGUUUGUUUUACAUUUUUUUAUUUCUUUGUGCAUUGAGAUUCGGUUUGGCGAUGAAUGGGCCCCUCUGCAGGUCUCUGAAUCAUUGCUGGCUUGGCACUGUGGCUACGAAGUUGUGAAUCAUGAGUGACACGGGAUUGGGGGGAAGUGGUGGAUGACAUUUGAGUGUCUCUGCCCUACCCGUAAGUUUGAAGACGUUUCUCCGGAACUCUGUACAUUAAAUGACUUUUCCAUCAAUGCCUAUGUGACUGGCCUGCUUGAUGUGAUACUAUAAUACAUCUACUAAAAUGAAAAGGGAAAAAAUUUUUCCUGA